AUGCUCGCCGAGCUCCAGCCAGUCAGUGGAUGCCGAAGCGGGGAGUCCACGGAACACACCCAAAUCGCGACCCUGGAUAAGGAGUUCCUGCUCCGCAACAACGGGUCCGUCAGGAGCUGCAACUUCAUUGGGAACGGAGGAACCCAGACUUCAAUAGAUCAGUGUUUCUACUUCAGUCCCGGGGUGAAGGAGCUUGGGAAAUAUGUGUUCAACUAUGAGGAUUCUACUGACAGGGUUGUGAUACUGGAGCAUCACUUUGUGUACAGUGGAAUCACCGAAGCCAUGCCAAGAAACCCAAAACUCCCAAUGAUCAACGUCAAUGACCCACGUUAUCUUCGGCUAUGUGAUAUCAGCGCUGGAGGAUGGGCGGUAAUUAUUGGAUCAUAUAUUGCGGCCGAUCCGGCUACAGACGGGAUAAUGAUCGGGUACUACCAAAGCAAGAAAAACGUUCACGUGUUCAAGGAGUACAAGAAGAAAGGCGUGGAAGUUGUAUUCGAGAUCACGGUGUCUAACUUCGCCAUCUCGAUUGCCACGAAGGACAAGAGAGUGCUGUUGCAGGACGACCUAGUCGACGACGGGUGGUAUUCGCUGAUCGCCCAAAACAUCAACAUCACAAACGUGGAAAUCCACACUGGCCCAAAACCUCAUUAAUAUAUACCUCAAUAGCAAUAACCAAAGAAAAUUGUUUAACAUGACUUCAGUUAAACGUAACUUUAAACGCAACUUCAAUAAAGGAAUGGAGUAUUGCAG